CACAGACCACAUAGAGUGUCUAGUCGCCAUGUUCGCCCAUAUAAUGGACUUUCUGAACCAAGUUCCGCCGGAUCCUGUGCGUCUUCCAUUCACCAGCAGCCACUGGCCCGUCUUAAUAAUACUGAGCACCUAUAUGGUCUUAAUCAAAGUGGUGGGUCCGCUGUUUAUGCAGAACCGAAAGCCCUACGAUCUGCGAGGAGCUAUCAAGGCAUACAACAUCGUUCAAAUUCUGUACAAUAUCGUUUUAUUGGGCUGGAUCGUAUACUUUAUGCUCGGACCUGGGAACUACAACUUUAAGUGCAUCUCCAACCUGCCGCUGGAUCAUGAGUUCAAGACCUGGGAGCGAUGGGUUAGCUAUUCCUACUUCUUCAACAAAUUAAUGGAUCUGCUGGAGACGGUCUUUUUCGUCCUGCGAAAGAAGGAUCGGCAGAUCUCCUUCCUGCACGUAUUCCACCACGUGUACAUGGUGUACAUAGGCUUUAUGUACAUGUACUAUUAUGGCUAUGGCGGUCACGGUCUUUUCUUGAUCACCUUCAACGUAGUCGUGCACAUUAUGAUGUACACCUACUACUACCAGUCCUCCUUCGGCCAGGAUGCGCAGGCGAAUCUCUGGUGGAAGAAGUACAUCACCCUCGUCCAGCUGCUCCAGUUCGUGAUCAUUCUGUCGCACUGCAUCUAUAUCCUCCGGCAGCCCGACUGUACCACAUCCCGCCUAUCGGCAACUUGGGGAUCACUCGUCUCGGUGGUAUUCAUAAUUCUAUUUGGCAACUUCUACGUUCGCGCCUACAUUCUUCCCAAGAAAAAGGCUAAGCAAACAACACGUUGAAUUAAAAGAUGCUAAUAGAUAAUUUAAGAGUAUUAUAUAGAUAAUAUACAGUAUAGGCGGGUAUAAACUACAUGUGUGUGUGGGGGGGUGUUUUAAAUAAUCAAAUUUACUCUAUUGUGAAAUCAGUUUCAUAAG